CGAGCGUGAGGGGCGGGGCGUGGCGGCGCGAAGCCCCGGAUGUGGCUGCUGCGGCCCCUCCUCCCCCGCGCUCCCCUCAGAGACCCCGGCCGCGCGCCGCCACUCGCUAGCUGGUCCCUGCGCGGGCCCCUCGGCCGGCGGUGUGGAGGCGCGCAAGCGGAGCGGACGGCGAGGCGACCGCGCGAAGGCGAGCGGGCCGGGCCCGGCCGGGCGGCCGUCGCCAUGAGCGGCUCGUCGGGCACCCCGUACCUGGGCAGCAAGAUCAGCCUCAUCUCCAAGGCGCAGAUCCGCUACGAGGGCAUCCUCUACACCAUCGACACGGACAACUCCACCGUGGCGCUCGCCAAAGUGCGGUCCUUCGGCACCGAGGACCGGCCCACGGACAGGCCUGCGCCCCCGCGGGAGGAGAUCUACGAGUACAUCAUCUUCCGGGGCAGCGACAUCAAAGACAUCACGGUGUGCGAGCCCCCGAAGGCGCCGCACACCCUCCCUCAGGACCCGGCCAUCGUCCAAUCUUCCUUGGGCUCGGGCUCCUCCUUCCAGCCGCACGUGCCUUACAGCCCCUUCCGCGGGAUGCCGCCCUACAGCCAGCUGGCCGCCAGCUCCCUGCUCAGCCAGCAGUACGCAGCCUCCUUGGGCCUAGAGAAGCUGGUGAGCCCCCCGGCCUCAGCCGCAGCCUCCAGCCCCAGCUCCUCUCCGUCUCCACAGCCCGUCGCAGAGCCCGACCUGUCCUCAGAGCCGCACCAGCUCGCCUCCAAGGGAGCUGGCUUCCCGUCCGUCCCUGCCGGGAAGAGCCCCAUGGUGGAGCAGGCCGUCCAGACUGGUUCCCUCGACAACCUGAACGCCAAGAAGCUCCUGCCCAGCAGCAAGGGCGCCGUGGGGGUGCAGCUCAACGGGCGCACGGCCCCACCCAGCAGCAAGGGCACCAGCGGCACCGAGACGCGCGCUCCCUGGGAUGUGAGCCCGCCCGCCGCGGUGCAGGCGCCUGCGCAGGUCAACGACGAGAACAGGAGGCCGCAGAGGAGGCGAUCAGGGAACAGGCGCACCAGGAACCGCUCCCGAGGGCAGAGCCGCCCGGCCGACGUCAAGGAGAACACCAUCAGGUUUGAGGGCGACUUCGACUUCGAGAGCGCGAACGCCCAGUUCAACCGAGAGGAGCUGGACAAGGAGUUCAAGAAGAAGCUGAACUUCAAAGACGACAGAGCUGAGAAGGGAGAGGAGAAGGACCCUGCGGUGGUGACCCCCAGUGACGAGGUCCCUGCCGAGGAGGACCACCUGGGGCCCUCCUGCUACUACGACAAGUCCAAGUCCUUCUUCGACAACAUCUCGUCCGAGCUCAAGGCCAGUUCCAGGAGGACCACGUGGGCCGAGGAGAGGAAGCUCAACACGGAAACCUUCGGCGUGUCAGGGAGGUUUCUCCGUGGCCGUGGAUUCCGAGGUGGACUGCGAGGGGGCAGGGGCAGUGGCACCGCGCGGCGCAACCCCACCUCCCACAGAGCCGGGACCGGCCGCGUGUAGGGAGGCAGGCGGAGGCUCUGGCCGAAGCAGCAGCAGACGCCACAGAGUGAGGACGCCGCACUCACGGGCAGACCUGCGUCAGGUCACCCUUCUCCGUUUUUGUUCCCGUCGUCACGCAACUUGGACGAGGUUCCGCUUGUUUUCGGGGUGUUUUGGGGAGACCUCUCAGGCCUCUGGACCCCUUCCUCUUCAGUUUUGCACAGUCCGGUCUACGGUUGUAUUUUGAAAAAAGGUUUCUAAAGUGAAAGCCCGAUCCUCACUUUGACUUUAAAAGUGGAGGCAGAUCCCGUUUGGCUGCACGGCAGUCAGGAGCAGCCCUGUCCCCCUGCUGGACCCGGUGCUGCUGGCCGGCCUGGCGCCCUCGCUGCCACUGGUGGGGCCUCGGGAGCCAGGCAGGGGCGGCCCGGGGGUUGGGGCCCCGGGCAGGGAAAGGGGGUCCCCACCGAUCAUGUUGUGUGAGCGCGCAGACUGCCUGGCGCCUGGGGGGCGCGGCGGAGGUGAGUGCCCCCGAGGGCUGUGCGCACUCAGAGCCUGGCCCCCCAGGGGGGUCCGGGUGCCGGUGGUGUCCCCGCCUUCUGCCCCGCCUGCCCGUGGCCUGGCCAGGCUCUGGGGCUCGGCUCCAGCCACCAUCGGCGGCUGCCCCUCUUGGACGUGAGCCCGCGUUUCCCAAGAGGCCAGCCGACCGAGAGCACGUUCUCCUGAGCUGUACAUAGUUGUUUCUUUCGUGGGCGGCGGGAGGGAGGCGGGCUGUGCACCGUCGCAUGCGUGAGCGGGGCACCCUGGCACGAGCAUGCGCCCCUCCGGGGCGGGGCGGGGCGUCGCGGCCAGCCGGAGCGCCGUGGGGACUGACCCCCGGGCAGCUCUGAAGAUUUUGGUUCUGUAUUAAGUUACUGUAAAAGCUUGGGUUUAUUUUUAUAGGACUUACGGCUAAGACUUAGAACGUAGCAACAGGGCUGCUCUGUUGGAGUAAUGUAAAUUGUAAUUAAAAUAAACACGCAGACUUUAA